GCUGAAAUCCGGAAAAUAUGGAUAUGUUUAAUCUUCAUCAAUUUGUUGUGGCAGCAAUAAAAAAUCUUUUACAAUUUCAACGCAUUAAAGAAGUAAAAUGGAUGAAUCCUCGAGCAUGUACAAACGAAGCAUAUACACCUACUUCUAUAGAGCAUGUAGCAAAUGUAGCUACUCAUGGAAUUUGGGUUUUACCAUCUGUCAUAGGUAGCUUGGAACUUAUUCGUCGUUCUACAACAUGGGCACAAUUAAUAUCAGCUUAUGUAUAUGGGACAUCUUUAAUUCUUGUUUUUACAGUAUCAACAUUUUUUCACAGUGUACAUUAUUGCAAUAAUAACAGACAACUUAAGGAUGCAUUGCAUCGUUGUGAUCGUGCAAUGAUUUACAUUUUCAUUGCUGCCAGUUAUUUUCCUUGGUUAAAUCUAGAUUAUUUCUUGGAUGAUGAAUUGUUAUUUGCAAUGCGUUAUGCUGUUUGGGUUAUGGCAAUAUUGGGUAUAUUGUACCAACAAAUCUUCCAUGAACGAUAUAAAAUGUUAGAAACAAUUUUUUAUUUAGUUAUGGGAAUAUGUCCUAGUAUUGCAAUUAUUAAUGUUCAUAAUUAUUAUAACAUUGCUGAACUAAAAAUGGGAGGACUUCUUUAUAUUUUUGGCUUGGUAUUUUUCAAAUCUGAUGGAAGAAUACCUUGUGCACAUGCAAUUUGGCAUCUUUUUGUUGCAAUAGGAGCUGGAUUUCAUUAUUAUGCCAUAUUAUGUCAUAUUUUUCCUGCAGCUGGUUCUCCAGACAACUUAAUAACAUCAGAUGUGCCAUCAUUACCGAAAUUGUUAAAAUCUCAUAUUGAAGAGUUGUAA